CUCCUAUCUCCAGGAGACAUGAGUCCAUCACACAAUGUUUCCUCCCAAGCAGAAUAGGAUGGAGCCUGUGGAGGACGAUGAGACAGUCAGUGCAGCUAUGUUACCUAUUGGGAGGUCACAGGAGGGAACCACAAACUGGGCUGCAGGGAACCGGUACCAGACAGAGAUAUCAGAACACACCAAUGAUUUCCACACCCUGCGAUCCGACACAAAUGAAUUAAUGUCCCAAUCAGAACUGCAAAUAUCCUACUCAGCAACACUCCCAUUCCAGAACUCCUCUCCGCCAGGAUUUCCAGAUAUUCUCUGGUCACAGAAUGUUCUUGCAGAAUUCUCAAAUCUAGCGGAUUUCACUCAUUCUGAGGCAGCUUCACUGUGCACCCUACUUGGGAACCCAGCGGAUGACGGUUUAAUGAAAGUGAAGCAGUUUCUCAGAGUAUUCCAGAGCCAGCCUGCAGCUUAUCUAAAGCUCCGAGAGUUAACACGGCUACUGAAGCACCUGAAGAGACAAGACGUACUUAUGAAAAUACGUGAACAGACAAACCUAAGGCGCUGGCUUGGUCCCGUUUUACCGGAGGAAAUUCGAAUUAAAGACAUGACGGUUUCCCACAGGAUCCAGUUCACAACUGCACUGAGCAUCACGGAUUCUGCCGGUAAUGACUGGAGGCUCCUGGCACACAUGUUGCAUAUCCCACGGACCCACGUGGAACUGUGGCAGGAACGGAGCAAAAACCCAGCGGAGAUGGUGUUGAAAUCCUGGGAGGUAAAAGUGACGGAAGCCACAGUGGGACGGCUCUUUGAUCUAAUGACAGAGAUGAGACGAGAAGACCUGGCUGCCUUGUUAUGAAUGAGUAUCUAUAUUUCAAUCCUGCCAGUUAAACUACAAAUCUAAGAAUCCUUGGGUAGCUCUUAAGGCAGGGAGAGGAUUGUGUGAAUUGGGGUGACAGAAUUUGCUACAUUGCUGUGCUGUCUGAUCAAUACAACAGCAAUAAGUGUUACAAGGGAUAACGUGAACAAUAUAACCAAAAUAAACAGUUCAGAACCAAUAA